AUGGCGGGCUGCGAGUGGGGCCGCGACUGUUGGGGCGAGAUGUUCCACUACCGCCAACUGAGCUAUUACCUGAACCGCAACCUCUGGGAGCGCUUCAAGGAGGACCUCAUUGCCGUCCUCUGGUUCAAACUGACGGGCCAGCACGUCAGGCUGUGA